UUUCAGAAUCAUGUAAACUUGGAAGGAAGAGGAACCAAACCAAAGAUUCUAGUGGGUAGGUUGUCAGGGGUCUACGUUGUGAUAAUUUGUCGGUGACGGAUCUCAACAAUUAGAAUUAAAAAAUUUCAAAUUUGAAUAGUGUGAAAUUUUUUAUUCCGUGAAGGGAAAAAAGUGAAUCAGUUAUUCAGUUAAUCAGUUAAUCAGUUAAUCGAACAAAGAUCAGAAAAGUUAAUUUCAGCGAACAGACUUUUAUCAGUCCCACAGUAAUAUCAAUAAUCAGUCUUAUCAGCUACAUUCCUAAUCAGUCCUGAUUGAAAUCAGAUACUGAAGUAAUUUGAUACUUUCCACAGAUUUACUGAUUUAAACCCUCAGGAUGUAUAUAUCCCUUGAAAGAGAGUCUAGUCCUGUGGACUGGUGUGAGGACAACUAUGUAGUCUCCCCUUAUAUAGCUGAGUUUGUUAACACAAUAUCUAAUGUACUGUUCCUUGUUCUGCCUCCUGUUCUAAUGAGUUUACAUAAACCAUACGCAAACAAAUGCGGGAAAGGUAUUCACAUAGUUUGGUUUUUAUUGAUAGUUGUCGGUCUAUCCUCAGCAUAUUUUCAUGCCACUCUCAGCUUACUAGGACAGUUGUUGGAUGAAAUGGCAAUUCUUUGGGUAAUAAUGGCUGGAUUCUCAUUAUGGUACCCCCGGGCUGCUCUGCCCCCCAGCUGGCGUGAAGACCCCGAAGGUCGAAGAAAGUUCUCAGUAGUGUGUAUGCUCGGCGCCACCCUAGCAACAUUUUUAGGCUUCCUUCAACCAGUUGUAAAUGCAUUUUUCUUGUUUACAUUGAGUGUUCCCGCUAGUGUACUGCUUGCACUACAGUUAAAGGUUGAGAAUGACGUUAGGGUGGUGAGCCUGGGGAAGCGAAGUAUUCUUCUCUGGAGCUUAGCAAUAUUUUGCUGGGUUAACGAUAGGCUGUUUUGUGAGUUCUGGUCUGGUAUUGGGUUCCCAUAUCUCCAUGGGUUCUGGCAUGUUCUCAUAUUUCUGGCCUCAUACACCGCAAUUGUACUCUUUGCAUAUUUUGAGGUUAAGAAUCAUAUCCCAGGAGAAUCCCCAAUUUUAAGAUAUUAUCCUGUUGAUGAAUGGCAGUUUGGUAUUCCCUACGUUAUCCUUGACCAGCCAAAACUAACCAACGGCAAGCACCAUUAAUCCAACAUGGCGGAGUGGAUUGUCACGUGAUUGACAAAACAGAAAUGUUUGGUUUGGAUAAACGUCAAAAUGUUACGUUGACACUUGUAUGAAAAUGUUACCAACUUACAUCACAUUUACAAACAUUGGCGCCUCACUUUAUUUAAACUUUAAAUGAAAACGUAGUUGGCACAAAAGUUUCUCUUUUGCGAUACGACUGCGGCUGGCAGUGUCAGUAAAUGUUAAUGUUAUUAAAUUUCUGGGGAGCGGGACAGUUAUCUAUAUUUAUGUGAAUUA